GAACAUUCCCAGUUAUGUCCUAACGGUUCUGCGUAAACAACCAACCAAAAUCGACCCUGAACGUCAUAUGAUAGAAUCACCACAGAAUCAGCGAGCAAAAACGGAAGUGGCGGGAGUUGCUAAAAAGUUUAGAUGCGCAGUGUUUGCUAGCUGCAGAAAUCUCGCCCGCUUAAUCGCGAAUUUUAUAUCAGUGUAACCGUAAUGGGCGACAGCGACGAUGAAUUCGAUCGCCGUCGGAGAGACAAGUUCCGCCGUGAGAGGAGUGACUACGACCGUUCCAGAGAGAGAGAUGACCGACGCAGAGAUGAAUGGAAUGACAGGGAGUGGGACCGAGGUCGGGAACGACGCAGCCGGGGGGAGUACCGGGAUUAUGACAGAGGCCGUCGGGAGAGAUUCUCUCCCCCUAGGCACGACAUGAGCCCACCGCAAAAACGCAUGAGGAGGGACUGGGAUGACCGCAGGGUAGACCCCUACCACGGGGGCUACGACAUGCCGUACGGGGGCGGUGGGGGCCCCAGCUAUGCCCCUCCAGCUGCGCCUGCCCCUCAGCCCUGGGGACAUCCUGACAUGCAUCUCAUCCAGCAGCACCACGGGAUUCCCAUCCAGGCCAGGUUGGGCAAUAUCCACGAGAUGGACAUGGGCCCCCCUGGCCCAGUGAUGAAGAGCUUCAAAGAGUUCCUGCUGUCCCUGGAUGACUCUGUGGAAGAGACGGAGGCGGUGAAGCGCUACAAUGACUACAAGAUUGACUUCCGCAGGCAACAGAUGCAGGACUUCUUCCUGGCCCACAAGGACGAGGAGUGGUUCCGAUCCAAAUACCAUCCGGAUGAGUCUGGACAAAGGAAAGCAGAGGCCCACGCUGCACUGCAGAACCGGUUGAAUGUGUACAUGUAUCUGAUGGAAAAUAACUGGUUUGACAGUAUCUCGCUGGAUAUCGAGCGUGCCCCAGCCAUCAUAAAGGUCCUUGAUGCAGCGGUCAUAAAGAUGGAGGGCGGGACAGACCACGACCUGCGUAUCCUGGAGCAGCCGAACGAGGAGGAGGAAGAGAAGGAGAGGGCGGCAGUUGCAGGGGCGUUGCCUGACCCCGGCAAGAGGGACGAGCCGAGGGGUGGGGAGGCUGAGCGCAAACCGCCAGCAGACAAAGAAGACACCGAAAAGAAGGUGGAAAUUGGAGUUGGUAAAGUGGAGGAAAAGCAAAAUGGAGUGCCAGCUGUCAGUGGAGGAGAGGAAGGGGAGGAGAAGGUUCCUCAGAAAGAGGAGUCGGAGCCUAAGAAGCUGAACAAGAAGAGAAAGAGGAAGCACAGCGGAGACAGCGAGGACGAAGUCAGCGCCUCGGACGACAGCGAGUCGGACUCUGACUCCCACUCCCACUCCUCCGACAAACCCGCUGACCGGGAGGAAGAGGAGGAUAAGGAGGAGGAGGAAGAGGAGGAGGGCGAGGCGGAUGUUAAGGAGCGUAAAGAGGAGGAGAAAGGGAGGCAGAGGGAGGAGAAAAAGGAGCUCCCUCCUCGACCCCGCCCGCUGCACAGGACCUGCUCCCUAUUCAUGAGGAGCAUCGCACCCAACAUCUCCAAGGCUGAGAUCGUCGCUCUAUGCCGGAGGUAUGCGGGGUUCAUGCGUGUGGCGCUGUCCGACCCCCAGCCAGAGCGCAGGUUCUUCCGCCGUUGCUGGGUGACGUUCGAUCGGAGUGUCAACAUCAAGGAGACCUGCUGGAAUCUCCAGAACAUUCGUCUGCGGGACUGUGAGCUGGCCCCCGGGGUGAACCGCGACCUGGUGCGCAGGGUGCGCAACGUGAACGGGAUCACCCAGCACAAGCAGGUGCUGCGGAACGACAUCAAGCUGGCGGCCAAGCUGAUCCACGCCCUGGACGAGCGGGAGAGGCUGUGGGGCCAGAGGCCCAGGGCCGAGGCCCCCGCGUCAGAGCUCCCAGCUCAGAACCCCAUUCUGAAGAACAUCACAGAUUACCUGAUUGAGGAGGUCAGUGCUGAGGAGGAGGAGCUCCUGGGCAGUGCGAGCGGGGCUGAUCCUGAGGAGGGCAGCAAGGAGGGCAACCCCACCGAGAUCACCGUGGAGAGGGACGACAAGCUGAUCAAGGUCCUAGACCGCUUGCUGCUGUACUUGCGGCUGGUCCAUUCCAUCGAUUACUACAACUCCUGCGAAUACCCUAACGAGGACGAGAUGCCCAACCGCUGUGGCAUCAUCCACGUUCGCGGGCCCGUCCCCCCCAACCGCAUCACCCAUGGAGAGGUCGCAGAGUGGCAGAAGACGUUUGAAGAGAAGCUGAGUUCGCUGUUGAGCGUGAAGGAAAGUCUGUCUGAGGAAGAGGCCAAUAAGAUGGGCCGAAAGCACCCCGACCAGGAAGUGGAGAAGUUUCUAUCUGCCAACACUCAGGAGCUUGGCAAGGACAAGUGGCUUUGUCCUCUGAGUGGCAAGAAAUUCAAGGGUCCUGAGUUUGUGCGUAAACACAUCUUGAACAAGCAUGGGGACAAGAUAGACGAGGUGAAGAAGGAAGUGGUUUUCUUCAAUAAUUUCCUUGUGGAUGCCAAGAGGCCUUCCCUCCCAGAACCCAAGGCCCCGCCUCCCCCCACUCCUGGACCGGGUGUGCAUGCCCCUGGACUGCCCUACCCUCAUCAGUCACCGCAGGGACUCCUGGGAUUUGGGCAGCCCCGUCCCCCCAUCAUGGGCUUUGGCGGAGGCCCUCCCUACCCUCCCAACCAGUUUGGAGGGGGCAGGGGUAAUUAUGACAAUUUCCGAGGUCAUGGAGGCUACCCUGGAAAACCCCGAAACAGAAUGUUCCGUGGUGAUCCUCGUAACAUAAUUGAAUACCGUGACCUGGAUGCCCCAGAGGACGUCGACUUCUUUUAAUGACUUUUAUACUUUUCAUUUUCUUACUGUAAUUUGUGUAUUGCACCCCUUUUCUCACUGUCCAACUGAGUAAUAACAGGGUCUUGGUAGAGAAGGCCUGCUUUUAGUGUUCAGAUGGCACGGUGUAAUAACCAGUUUUGUACUGUGAGAUUGACCCCCCCACCAGUAUAAAUAAAUCUAAAGUAUCUCA